GUUUCUUUCACGGUAUUAAAUUAAAAAUUGGGACAUGUACAUCACGUGAUCACCCCGUCGGCACCGCUGCAAUCAUUUCCCCUCAACUUCUUCACCACCGAACUUUGAAGUCAUACGAGGAUGGCUCAAUUAAAAGCAUUUUCUUCGUCUUCUUCCACCAAUCUUCUUUUCCAUGGUUCCAGAAAAGAACCAGCUCGAACUUAUGAUAAAAUUCACUGUUCAAGAAAGGCUUCGUUGGAAGAGCUGGGGGUGAAAGCGAGUGAGUUUUGUGGUCAUGCCAUUGUUCAUACGAGUACUAACUUUGGUCUUGCCUGUAACAAACUAGUUAUCCAGGCAGUUAUGGCAAGUAAUACUGAGCCAGUGACUUCUGCUAUGGACGGAAAAGUUUUGCGCGGGAAGUUGAACAAAGUGGUUCUGGCCUAUAGUGGUGGUUUAGAUACCUCUGUAAUUGUACCUUGGCUUAGGGAGAAUUAUGGCUGUGAGGUUGUUUGCUUCACUGCAGAUGUUGGUCAAGGGCUUCAAGAGUUGGAAGGUUUGGAAGAGAAGGCCAAGGCUAGUGGGGCAUCUCAACUAGUGGUGAAGGAUUUGAAAGAGGAAUUUGUCAGAGAUUUUAUAUUUCCUUGCUUGCGGGCUGGUGCUAUCUAUGAGAGGAAGUACUUGCUAGGGACUUCAAUGGCUCGCCCUGUUAUUGCGAAGGCCAUGGUUGAUGUUGCCAGAGAAGUUGGAGCCGAUGCUGUUUCUCAUGGAUGCACGGGGAAGGGAAAUGAUCAGGUCCGGUUUGAGCUUACAUUCUUUGCUCUGAAUCCUGAACUCAAUGUUGUUGCUCCUUGGAGGGAAUGGGAAAUAACUGGAAGAGAAGAUGCUAUUGAAUAUGCUAAAAAACACAAUGUGCCUGUUCCAGUGACAAAGAAAUCCAUUUAUAGCAGAGAUAGAAACCUGUGGCACCUGAGUCAUGAGGGAGAUAUAUUGGAGGACCCUGCAAAUGAGCCAAAGGAGGACAUGUACAUGAUGAGCGUUGACCCACAAGAUGCACCCAAUCAACCGGAGUAUGUUAAAAUUGGGAUAACUGACGGACUCCCUGUUUCACUAAAUGGAAAGGUGCUUUCCCCGGCAUCUCUUCUCUCUGAGCUAAAUGCGGUCGGAGGGAGGCAUGGAAUUGGCCGUGUAGACAUGGUUGAAAAUCGUCUUGUUGGAAUGAAAAGUCGUGGGGUGUAUGAAACUCCUGGCGGAACCAUUCUCUUCACUGCCAUUCGUGAACUAGAGUCUCUCACACUUGAUCGCGAAACAAUGCAAAUCAAGGAUAUACUUGCCCUCAAGUAUGCUGAAUUAGUUUACGCUGGCCGAUGGUUUGAUCCACUUCGUGAGUCGAUGGAUGCUUUCAUGAAGGAAAUCACGAAAACCACCACUGGAUCCGUGACUCUCAAACUGUUCAAAGGCAGUGUAAAUGUAACCGGGAGAGAGAGUCCAUACAGUUUGUACAGGGAAGAUAUCUCCUCAUUUGAGAGUGGGAAAAUCUAUGAUCAAGCUGAUGCUGCCGGGUUUAUUCGACUCUAUGGAUUGCCAAUGCGGGUUCGGGCAAUGCUUGAGAAGGGUAUCUAAUUGUUUUUAUCUAUGUUAGCAGCUCCUAGUGUAACCUGGGAAGAUUUGAUAGCGUGAAUUAUUGAGGCACUGAAUUUGUGGGGAGUUUGUUUUCCAGUUAAUCAGCUGAUUUCUAGCUGAUAUCCAUGUAUGAAACUUGACUAUGCGCAUGCUAAAUUGUUAUUUGUUGUUAUUAGAUCACCUGUAACUUUUGAAAAA